AUGAUGCAAAGCGAUGAGCAUGAGGAUUUUGUAGCUACUUUAGAAUCCUUCAAAGAGUUGAAAUCUGGGAUUUCUGGUUCUCGUAUCAGAAAAUUAACAGACUAUGCUGUCAAUCACGGAAGGAACAUCGAAGCAUUGUUGUCGUUUGUGAUACAGUACUCCAAAGAGUGUCCUCCGACUCACAAAUUGGGCUCCUUGUAUAUCGUUGAUUCUAUUGUUAGAGCAUUAAUGAGUAAGUCAGAAACUGUAAAACAAGAAGAAGGCGAAGAAGGGAAUUAUUUUUUGAAAGGUGUAGAACUAUUAAACGAUAAUAUACAACCCUUACUAAUUGAUGGUAUUGAAAGAAGUGAUCCAGCCCAUCUAGAAAAAAUUCAGGAGUUAAUAAAUAUUUGGGAUAAAAACAACGUUUUUAACAACAAACCUUUGAAUGCAGCAAGGAGUCGUUUGAGUGAACUUGUAAAUAGCAACUCGAUCCCUCCAUCUUCGUCAUCUAAUUCGUCUUUAACCCCACGCCCAGCUCCCAGUAAUGAUAAUAAGUCCUCCUCAGGUAGUAAAAUUGAUCAAGUCUUGAACGCUAUACCGAAAUUCGAAAACCUUCCUGGCAUACAAGUCCCGUCUGGUUUAUUUUCAGAGGACAUAUCGGUACAGGACUCUUGUUUGAAAGAACUUCUAGGAAAGUUGCAAGUUGAACUGACAAAGAACCAAAAAUUGGUUCAAGUAAACAAACAGGCUCCUCGCUCGAUAGAUAAUUCUACCUCUUCUACCUCUUCAUCGUCAAGGUCUACUCGCUCAACGCAGUACGUUGGAAGAGACUCCAGAAAUGACAGAUCUAGAUCACCCCCAAGAAACAAAAAUGACAGAUCUCGAGCACAGGCAACAACUUCUCUGCAUUUAUCUAGGCAACAGCAGCAACAACAACAACAACAACAACAACAACAGCAGCAGUCAAUUAAUGGUCAACAAGGAAAUAACCAUCAUUUGUACCCAGAUGAGCAGAAUGUUCCCUCAAACCCUCAUUUUAGGCCAAAACCGGUAUCCUUUGAUCCAACUGUGCCAAGGGACCACGUAAAAGUAUAUUCCAGAACCCUUUUCGUUGGUGGUGUCCCACAAAAUUUCAAAGAACAUGAUAUUGCAAGAAUGUUAAGACAAUUCGGUGAGGUUCAGAGUGUUAUUUUGAAUAAUGCCCGUAAGCACGCCUUUGUGAAAGUCUAUUCAAGAGCAGAAGCGGAGAGGAUCAUGGCGCAUUUCACUGGUGGUGGCAAUCCGACACAUGGUUUGAGAAUCCGUUGGGCCGUUGGUUUCGGUCCUAGAGACUGUUGUGACUAUCAAUAUGGAUAUUCAAUCAUCCCAUUGGCCAGGCUAACCGAAAUUGACUUCAAAUGGUCACAGUCCGCGGAAUGGGGUGGUACUGGUGGUCAACCAAUCCAAACAAACAUGGUUUAUGAGGAGCCCGAUAUUAUUGUUGGUGAAGGUGUUUCAUCAAAAGCGAUUUCGCAAAAGAUGCCAACUGAUAAAGGUGUUUUGGGUCCCAAGUCUGGUAAAGUUGGUCAAGCUACUGCUGUCUCUCAAACACCUAUCCCCUACAGUAAUAUAUCUCCUCCUCCUCCUCCGGUUCAAACAUCACAAAUACCGAACGUUCCUCAAAUCCAACAACAGUAUUAUAACCAGCCAUUGUAUCAGCAGCCUCCAUCAAUGGUAUAUGGUCAAAAUCAACUGCUGGGAUCGGCAUCAUCUGCGCAGCAGCAGCAGCAGCAGCAAUCGCAUCAGUCUACUCAACCUUCGGGCCAAAAAUCUCCUCAACCCCCACAAAAUUUCGAUCCAACUGCGCAAUUAAACACAUUGAUGAAUAUUUUGAACCAAACGCCAAAAUAA